UUGCUACUUUGGGGCGUCGCGAAGAGAAGAGCCAUCCCAAGCCAUGCUCUGGUGUUGGAAACUCAUUCUUGUGACAACAUGGAUGUUACACCGUCAUACAGGCCACGCACAAGAGUGGGGUGACUGCGGUGGUAAUAUCACCGGACAAUCUUCUGGCUUCGUUCACUCCCCCAAUUAUCCCGGACGGUACAGCAACAACUUGGACUGUACGUGGACUAUAGAGGUUAACGAAUGGGAAGGCGUGUCGCUGACACCAGUAUCGUUUAAUCUAGAGGAAAACUUUGACUGGCUGGGCGUCUACAAAAAAGGGGUAGACAACUUCAUCUCGUUAGGAUUGUUUACCGGAACAAACUUCACAGAAAAGCUCGUUGCAUGGUCCCACACGAUCCGCCUAGUUUUUCGCACGGACUACUCUUACUCGGAAGAUGGUUUUAAGAUCCACUUCGAGGGUAAUAAAAUCACUGAGAAAAUAUAGAUUCUUUUUUUGCAGGCAAAUUCGGAAAUUAUUUUGAAAUGCUUACGAAUUACUGUCUAAUGAAGUAAAUCAUUGUAGCUGGGAAGGUUGCACAAAAUAUAAUACUGAGAAAUGUAUCCUUAUUUCCAUUUAUCCGAUUCCUAUUUUAGGGUAUUGUUAGUAUAAAAGUAAACGUAACUAAAGUUCUUUUUUUCUUUCCUGUCUAAGAAAUAUGCUUGGGUUUAUGUCAUGUAAUGGAUUUACUAAGCAAUCGGCGGGAAAUAUAGUGCCGUUAUAGAACAAAGGACAUGAAACAAUCAGAUAAGAUAUCGAAUCUUUUCCAUAAUAUUUAGCUAAAUGUGGUGGCUAUAUUACCGGGCAAACCUCUGGCUACGUUUAUUCUCCCAACUACCCUGGGCAAUACUACAACGACUUGGACUGUACGUGGACUAUUGAAGUCGAGAUCGGAGAAUGGGUGCAGAUGGUACCAUUCUCUUUCAGUUUAGAGAAGGACUAUGACUGGCUAUUGGUGUACAGUGGAGAGCUAAACAACCAGACCUUCGUAGGAUCAUUCACUGGUAGGCUUGUCUUGGCUUUAGUGCAAAAUUUUUCAGUCGUGUUAUUAGCGAAAUUUACGCAGAACGUUUUUAUGGUUCAAGCAAAAUAGUAGACUCCGAAAUUCCUUUGCCAGUUAACUUGUCUGAUUUUGCUGUCUGAGGGUUCGAUUGUGACUAACCGAAAGUGUGAUGUGGUUUAACGUGUAAAAAAGUCCUAAAAACAAUACCGAUAUUGUAUGACAUCAGUCAGAUAGUCGUCACAUCGAUGUAUACGACUAUCUGAGAAGGAACCUGCUAAUUCUACAAUAAUUUUUUUUCAAAGGUAAAAGCUUUAUUGAUCGUCUCAUUGUCCAGUCCCACAUCACCCACCUAGAGCUUUCUACGGACAGCUCAGUCAAUGAUGAUGGUUUUGAAAUCUUCUUUAAUGAUCAAGGUGAUGAAGUCAUUAAUGAAAUACAAAUUAUUUGUGUAUCGCAUUUCUGAAUACCUCUAAUAUUAGUGGUUGAUUUACCUCUGCGUGUUGUA